GAUCCAACACCAUCCGUCCGAAUCAAUCGUCAACCGCGAAUCGUCGGGAUCGGACGAUCCCAAACGAAGUAAAAAAAUAUAAAAGGAAUAUAAAAGGAAUAUAAAAAAAUCACGGAACUUCCGAGUACCAGAAACAAGCAAAGCGAGUGAGUGACACAGCACCCGGAACCAAAGGAAAAAAAUCAUUGAAGCCGAAUUCGACAGCGGCGCACGAUGUACUCUGUGACGCCGCUGUCUUUUUUUUCUUUUUUUUUGUCUUCGUCUUCUGUCUCUCUCUGUCUGCCGGGGGGGAAACACUUCUCUCUCGGGGCAAAGGGAGCAGAAAGCAAAAACCAACCACUCGGGAAGCAAGGUGGUAGUGGUGGUGGAAGGAAUGGGAGAGAGUCAUACCGAGGAUCCUGCAGCGCCGGAAGUGGUGCGCCAAACCGGUUGUUGUUGCCCGACGACGAUGGAACGGGGAGCGACUGGAUCGAGCUGUGUGAGCUCGGGUGCUGCUGCUGCUGCUGGAGGUGAUGGUGGUGCUGCUGUUGCUGUUGCUGGUGAUGAUGCUGCUGCUGUUGGUGGUGAUGAUGCUGCUGCUGCUGGUGCUGCUGUUGUU